UGCAGAAUAAUGUGAAGAAAACUUGAGUAAUAUUCUCGUGACCUCCUAUUUACAUUAACAGUUUGCCGCACCUUGACAUCUAACGUCUUGUUUUCCCAGACAUGGCCUCUGCACUGUCUGCAGAUCAGUUUCGCUGCUGCAUCUGCCUGGGCUGCUUCAGGAACCCCACCUCCAUCCCGUGUGGACACAACUUCUGCCUGGAGUGCAUCAAGCGCUUCUGGGACACGGGACACAAGUCGGUGUGUCCCAUCUGCAAAGAGGUCUUCAAGAACCGCCCGGAACUCAGGAUCAACGUCGGCUUAAGAGACAUCACCAGCAACUUCGUGAGGUCUCGGAAGAACAAACUGAAACCCAAGCCGAUCCAGAAACAAUUCUCCGAGACCCACGUCCUCUGCGACAGCUGCCAGGGAGACAAGCCCCCGGCGGUGAGGUCGUGCCUCGACUGCCGGAAGUCCUUCUGUGAAAGUCACCUGGCUCCUCACCGCGGGGAUCCCGGGCUGACGGGGCACCGACUCACGGAACCGGGCGCCUUCGCUCAUCUCUGUGGAAGUCACCACAAGCUCCUGGAGAUGUUCUGCAAGGACGACCAGACGCCUGUGUGUGUGAAGUGCGUCUCGAGGGACCACAGACGUCACAGCACCGUCCCCAUCAAGAAGGAGAGCAGGAGGAUCAAGACUCAGAUCAGGAAAAUGGAGGACGAGUUUCAACAGAUGAUCCAGACCAGAAUCCAGAAGGUUGAGGAGAUCAGGAACUCGGUGGAGCUGUGCAAAACACAGACAGACCGGGAGAUCCAGACCAGCGUCCAGGUCUUCACCAUGGUGAUCAGCGCCAUCGAGAGGAACCAGGCUCAGCUCAUCGAGGAGAUCGAGAAGAAGCAGGAGGAGGCCGAGGAGCGAGCGGAGGAGCUUCUCAAGGAGCUGGAGCAGGAGGUGGAGGAGCUGCAGAGGAGACGCGGCGAGCUGCUGCUCCUGGAGAACACCGAGGAUCCUUUUCACCUCCUGCACUAUUUCCCCCCCCUGAGCGCCCCGCUGCCCUCCAGAGACUGGUCCCAGGUCAGAGUCCACUCCGACCUCUACAUCGGGACGGUGAGGAGGGCCUUCUCCAAACUGGUGGACACCUGCCACGACCUUGAGAAGAAGCUGUCUUCAGACGAAAUGUCCAAGAUAAGUCAACAUGCAGUGGACGUCACUCUGGAUCCGGUGACGGCCUCCAGUUGGCUCAUUCUGUCCGCUGACGGAAAAAAGGUGAGUCUCAGCAGCCAGAGGAGGCCCUCGCUCCCUGACGCCCCCCGCAGGUUCGACUCCUGCGUCUCCGUCCUGGGGGAACAGAGCUUCACCUGCGGGAGACGCUACUGGGAAGUUCAGGUUGGGGAUAAAACGGACUGGGACCUGGGCGUGGCCCGAGAGUCCAUCAACACCAAGGGGGCCAUCACGGUGCGUCCCGACAGCGGCUACUGGGCGAUCUGCCGGCGCAAGGGGGGCAGCCUGAGCGCCUGCACCAGCCCCUGCAUCACCCUCAAGCUCCAGGAGACCCCGCAGAAAGUGGGCAUCUUCCUGGACUACGAGGAGGGCUCGGUGUCCUUCUACGACCCGGACGCAAAGACUCACAUCUUCACGUACAGCUGGUGCUCGUUCAGCGAGCCGCUCUACCCCUACUUCAACCCCUGUCUCCAGGACAAUGGGAAGAACACCGCCCCCCUGGUGAUCUGUGGUGUGGAGUGUCUGCUGCAGAUGAUGAGGAUAAACCGACCCAUCAACAUGUCAACGCCAACAGUCAGGACCGUGACUUCUGUCGCCUUCGAGGAGCAGUUCAAGUGCUGCAUCUGCCUGAACAUCUACACCGACCCGGUCUCCACCCCGUGUGGACACAACUUCUGCCUCCACUGCAUCGAAGGCUACUGGGACACGAAGGGCAAGUCCGACUGUCCGCUGUGCAAGCAGACGUACAGGAAGCGCCCGGAGCUCAGGAUCAACCGGGAGUUUGCAGAAAUCAUUGAAUUCAUUAAAAGGUCUUUGUCGCUCAGAGCCGCAGAAGAAGAGGCUGACGAGUCUCUAGAGGAACCAAAGCAACGCUGUGACACUGACAAAGUUCCCUGUGACAUCUGCCACAGGAAGAAGUCCACGUCGGUCAGCUCGUGUCUCGUGUGCCAGGCGUCGUACUGUGAGAUCCACCUCACGCCUCACCUGAUGGUGCCGGCGCUGCAGAGACACCGGCUGACGGAUCCGGCCACGUUCACCAGCAGCCACCUCUGCAGGAACCACAACCAGCCGCUGACCAUGUUCUGCAAGAAAGACCAGAUGCCGGUGUGUGGGAAGUGCACGACCGGGAGCCAUAAAUACCACGAGGUCGUGCCCAUGGAGAAGGAAAGCAAGAGGGUCAAGUCUUAUCUCAGGGCUACGAAGGCCAACGUUCAGCAGAUGAUCCAGGCCAGGCUCGGGAAAAGGGAGGAGAUCCUAAACUCAGUCGAAAUCAGCAAAAAAAUCACAGAGAGGGAGAUCGAGAGCAGUGCUCAGGUCUGCGCCCUGCUGACCAGCGCCAUCCGGAGGCAGGAGGUGGUGCUGGUGCAGGAGCUGAAGAGGAGGCAGGAGGAGGCCGAGAGGACGGCCAAGCAGACGCUUCACGAGCUGGAGCAGGAAAUCAACGAGCUGCAGGCGAGGGGCAGCGAGCUGCAGCACCUGGAGCUCACUCAGAACCCGCUUCACCUCCUGCAGGGCUUCCCGUCUCUCAGCAGCCCCCCGUCCACCAGAGAGUGGUCCGAGGUCCUGGUCCACGCUGACAACUGCCUGGGGACGGUGAGGAGAGCCGUCUCCGCUCUGGUGGAGGUUUGUCAGGAAGUCGCCGACAGACUCUCAGCAGAAGAGACAGACAAGAUGAAUCAAUAUGCAGUGGAUGUGACUCUGGAUCCUGAGACUGCGUCCGCCUGGCUGCUUCUGUCUCCAGAUGGAAAGAAGGUGAGCCUCAGCAGCCAGAAGAAGACGACGCUACCAAACAACCCUCAGCGCUUUGACACCUGCGUCUGUGUUCUGGGGAAACAGAGCUUCACGUGUGGGAGGAGCUACUGGGAGGUUCAGGUUGGAGAUAAAACGGACUGGGACCUGGGUGUGGCCAGAGAGUCCAUUAACAGAAAGGGAACCAUCACGGUGCGUCCGGACAGCGGCUACUGGGCGAUCUGCCGGCGGAAGGGAGGCAGCCUGAACGCCUGCACCGCCCCCUCCAUCACCCUCCACCCCCAGGACACCCCCCAGAAGGUGGGCAUCUUCCUGGACUACGAGGAAGGAUUGGUGUCCUUCUACAACGCGGAGACAAAGACUCACAUCUACACGUACAGCGGCUGUUCUUUCGACGAGCCGCUGCACCCCUACUUCAAUCCCUGUGUGCAAGAGGACGGGAAAAACACAACUCCACUGGUGGUCUGUCCUCUGGAGACAAGCACCAGGGCUGGACUGGAACUAAUCAUCCAGUCAAAUGUGUAGUUUGUGAUGCGAUGGAAUAAUGCUAACCCAUGAGAAAAUGUUCCUAUGGAGCAACUUUAUUGACCUGUUGUGGUCUCGAUUUUGUGUUGAUUUAUUGUACUGUUAUAGUAUCUGUGUGACACUGACCUGCAACAGGUCCAUCUCCGUCAACACUAGAAAUGCACCAGAGAUUAGAAUAAUGUAAAUAAUGUCACUACUUCAACACUUCAAUAUUUCACCAGGGAAGUUCUUAAAAUAUUGAAAUCCUCAUGGAGUUAUAGCUAGCUAGUUCAUACAGCGAGCUAUAUGUAGCUAAAUUGCUAAGCCCCGCCCCUUGCGAAAACAAGUUUUGCGAUAGCAGCCAUGUUGUUUUCCCAACAAUCCAAACCCCAAAGUUUGUACUUGUUGUCCUGUUUACAACAAGUUAAGACUUUGAUCCCUGCUGUCACUUUGAUAAAGAGUGUUGCCCAACUUGUGUAUAUAAAUGUACAGAAUAUAUUUUUUUAUAUGUUUGUCAUCAUUUAAAAUCCACGUCCCAAAUGUGUGACGAAUAAAAACUGAAGAUAAAAGAUUGUGUCUAAAAAAUAAAUUGCGACCUGUUUGUCUUUUA